AUCAUACCGGUCACAGAACUCUCACAAGGAUCUCUUCAUAACUUCAACCUAUUGACGAGGUCCCGGCGAAGAAGGAUACCAUGCUAACAUUCAAAGGCGUGUAUGCUGCGUGUCAAGUCCUGCAUACACGUGGAAUGAACAUUUUAGUGGCAUACUACGAAGCACUCUUGCCAUUCAGUACCGUCUCCGUCUUUUGGCUUGCUAUGUUCAUAGAGGAACUAGGAUCCUUAAUUCGUGGGUUCACCAAGAUGGUCAGUGGCGUGACCAAGCCCUUGGGGGAAAACACGUCGGACGAGUCAGGGAAAGGCCGACCCCAGCUUCGUAUGCGCUCUUCUCGCGAGCAUUUGUCUGGAAAUAUCGUACAAGCCCCAGAUACCAAGGAACCUCACCUUCAGCCACCGGUAGAUGCAGAAACCAAAUUUGAAAAUAAUAUAGCUUCAUCUUCGACGAAGAGCUAUUCGAACGGUCAAGGUCGGACUCAAAAACCAAGAACACCGGUCAAAGAAUCCGGACCCAUGGAGGCAAAGCCAGCCCAGCGCGGACCGCUUUACUCAGAUGUUCUGAAAAAGCCGGCGACGGACAAGAAAGUUGAGGAAAGAAAUGUCCGAACAACACGAGAGCGGAAACCGGAAUCAGAUCUUCAGAGGCUGGACAAGGCGAACGUUGAAAAUAGUCAGCUGAGGAGUCGUGUCGCAGACGCUGAGGAGAAGUAUACGAUCGUCGAACGAGAGCUUAUCCAAGCCAACGAGAAGAACGAGACAGGGCAGAAGACGGUUUUGAGGCUCGAACAGGAAGUCACGCGGCUACAGCAGGAGAGUACAGAAGGGAAGAGGAAUUUCGAGAUGCAGCUUCAAUCGGUGAUAAAGCAGAGUGAUAUACGGAAACAAGAAGUUGAAAGGGUUAACGCAGAGCUAGAGAAGGAGAGGGCUCUGCGAAGGCAGGAACACACUUUAUUGGAACUUCGAAUGCGAGAGCUGCAGGAUACUCGGGCGUAUCUAACCACAGAGGACGCGAUAUCUGGAGAGGAAGUCAAAGGAAUGACGGAGGCGCUAAAUACCGAAAUCUACCAGGUUGCGGCCCUUAUGGUGGAUACGCUGGAUUUUGAUGGGACGUUUCCGGGAGAUGAACAGGCACAAGCUGCAGCGGUGAGGUGCAUUGGGAAGCCCCUGGUAAGUACGUUGUCUGCUGGAGCGCCGCGGGACGAUUCGGAGGAGGAGACAAGACAUCUUGCAACGCUAGCUGCGAUCCAGGCAUCGCUCGCUCAGUCUUCUUCUUUCUUAAUUCGUGCCUGGACUUUUUCUCCGGACGUGAGCAACCAUUUCACCCGUCUUUAUGCGAACAUUCGACGGACGUGUACACCAGCAGUCGCUGGUCGCUGGAGAGCCAUGACACGCGCUAGGUGCAAGUAUCUAGAAUCGGAUUUGAAGGUAGAGGAGUAUUUGACACGCGUUCUGCUGGAAGAUAUGAUUCCUGUCUUGGUCGUCGCUGGGUGGAGGCCAUCGCCAGUCAUACAGAUGGGGGAUGCGACAGGCUUCUUGGGCCAGAGAUUCGGGACCAGACUAGGAGAGGUAGCGAAGAAGUUAGUGCGGCUAGAUAGGGCCAUGGGAGAAGGAUUAAUUUCCAAGGACGUGGCGGCUGGGUGGAUUCCUGGGGGAACACCCUUCAAUCCUAGUAUCAUGGAAAAUGCCUUUGGUAAAAGCUCAGGCGUUUCUGCAGAAGAUUAUGUCUUGUCGACGUGCGACCUUGGACUGGUAUUGAUGCAGGUUAUCAAGGAUCGAGAGGGGGCAGGGUCCAAUACGGAAGUGGAGAGUCAAGUUUUGUUGAAACCCAAGGUUGUGCUUUUCAGCGCGCUUGAGCACAAAUGAACUUGCGCGCCGUUGGAUGAUAGGUACAGUACUCUUACCUGGCACCGUAAAG